AUGACCUCAGAUCAACAGCAUCAAAUCAGUAUUUCGGCACAAGCAGUAUCUCAAGAAAACUUAGAACAGUUAAGAGCGAAUAAUGGUGCUUCAUCGAUAAGUCAGAUGGAACUCAGAAUGAGAGAUUUGGAAUCUGAACUCCUCAAAAUAAGAGCUUCUCAAGAAGAUUCUAAUAAUGAAACAGAAUUAGAAAACUAUAAGCGACUCUGUCUAGAAAAGUCACAAGUUAUAAAAUCAUUAUCCAAUAAACUGAGAAUGGCUAAUGAGGAGUUAGCAGCAGCUGAGGCCCAACAUCUUGUGGAGAAACAGCGGAAUAGCCCUUUACCCAACAGUCGUACUACAAGACGAGUCCUAGUGUCAUCUACUGUUGUAAAUCCUGAUAGUAAUUUAAUGUGCAGCAGAAAUCUCAUUUCAAGAGGAACUUUAGUGCUUCCUAGCUCAAUUUCCAGGCCUUUGAAUAGCAGCACGGAGAACGAUGUGUUCCAGACACAACUGGAAUUGAUAAGAAAUAUAAGUAGAGAACUAAGUGAAGUUGCUACUGAAUUUGGAUUUUUAUCCUAGAGCUUCUCCUCAAAGAUCUUAUAAGUGAAACCGAGCUUAAGAUUUACUUUUGAGAGCAUUGUAAGAUUAUGGACAGAUCUCAAAGAAAAAUUAUAUGAU